AUGGAGGACCCAGAUUUUUCAGUUUCCUCCGCGCCGUUGGAGGCGACCGAUGGGAAUGACACGACAGAAAUGUCCACGGGGCCUCAGGUCUUCCAGGAGCCGCUUGUGCUCAGGUUCCUCGACGUGCUCGACAACCCAGAGGAUUCCGAGGAGGCCGAGUUGGCCAGGCAGUCCGAGGUGCCUGAGCAGUCCGAGGAGCCCGGGGAGACCGAGGAGCUCGGGGAGUCUGAGGCGCAGGAGGAGUCUGAGGGGCCUGGGGAAUAUGAGGAAUCUGAGGAGCCCGAAGAGCAGGGCGAGCAAGACGAGUCAGAAGAGUCCGAGGAGCUCAGUGAGCCCCACAGGGCCCCUGAGCCCCACGAACCUCCCGAGGUCAACGAGACGCAGGAGCUCGGAGAAGCCGGGUUGCUUCCCUGCGCGGUGACUAUCUCGCCGUCCCUGGUGGUCAGGCCCCAGCCACCGGUUCUGCUGUCUUCCACGUGCGAGUCGCCCUUUGAAAUCUUCUAUUCAGCUCUUUUACUUCAUCAUUUUUCUUUUCGACUACAUCUGUGGAAAGAGACAAUGGAAAAGCUCAGUAUCUUCAGUCAGAACAAGGCCAGAGGCCAGCUGUGGAAGAGACAUCCUGUUUCUGGUAAAUUUGUAAGGAAAUGUUCUUUUUCUAGGAAAAGAAUCCAUGAUCUUGCUAAGCCUAAAAAACAGUGGGGAACACCAGAUAGAAAAUUGUUCUGGGGAAAUCAAGAUCCUAUUCGCCCUAUUUCCCAGAGUGCUUUGAAGGCUCAGCCGACCAAAAGACUUCAGCACCUUGCCCAGCCCAAGAAAGUCUCUCACCGAUAUGUACCUAACAGAUCUCUCUAUUACUACAGCUGUGGGAGAGAGUCUGUAAUCUGGGAGACCCCUUGUCCUGCACUAUUUUUCCAAUGCUCCAAAAGGAUCCAGAAGUUGGCACAGCCCAAGAGAUACAAUGAAGACCAUCUAAGAAAUAGGCCCUUCAGUGAUGGGGUAAGAAAUUCUUUACAAAUCCCUAAUGCUUCACCUCGGAUAUUACGACUCUCUAUAGCCAAAGGCACAGAUCCAAACUAUCUCCCUCCAAAAAAAACUGAAACAAGGAUUUCAAUUUCUACUCUGAAUGCUGUUGCAACUCCAAGAAUUGUAGACCUUGCCCACCCAAGGAUCAAGUUAGAGGGUCUGUGCUAUGAGAGAGAAAGAAGUGAAGCACCUGUCCGUCCUAUACCCCCUGCUGCCCUACAAGCUCAAGCUAGCCCUCGAAUAACAGUUCUAGCUAAGAGCAAGCCUCUUCAUCAAGAUUAUUUACCGGUCCGUGAUGCCCACUGGCCAGUAUCUUACGCUGCUACCCAUCCCAAACUUUCUUCCAGAAUUCAGGAGCUAGCUAAUCCAAAUACAAGGACUCCUGUGCGUAUUGUAUAUUACGAUCCAGAGGUCUUUAAAGUCAAGCCGGCUGCUAUGAAGGCACAAUGUUCUCCGAGGAUCCGGGAGUUGGCAGAACCUCUUAAGCGUUAAACGAAGAAAACCACACCUUUCACCCUAGUUAUGUAUCUAGAACACAUAGUAGGUGACUUAGUUUCCUUCUCUGGUACUGUCAUUUUCACCCCCACAAAAAAAAAAUCAAAUAAACAUAAGGCCUCCAAGGAAAACCACUGUAACCAUCAUAUUGCAAUUGCUGCUGUUACCUGUAAACAUUCCUUUAGCAGGUUUUGGAACUCUAUCAAGCAAUAAAAGAAAAUGAUAGCCUGCCUUAUUAUCCUUACUGUCUCCUCACAAGCAUCUUGGCCGUCUCACUGCUUGGGCUGACCCGAAGAAAGACUCCUCCUUAUAACUGCAGGGUUUGCUUUUCAUUUCCUGGUGAGUUCCAUGUUCCCCAGUCCCUUCCUGGGAAUGAGAUCAUUCUUUCUGUUACUUUGCCAACCACUCUUCCUUUCCUAGAAAUAACACUGAAAUGGUGAAGCCUUUUUGGAUAAAUUGAAAUGCUCUUUAUAAUCUGUGGAUGAUAUUUAGGAAACAGGCUACUUAAAUGGUCACAUCUCUGUUCCUUCACUUAUGCUCAGUGCGGCUUACCAUGAAUGACCGAAAGAGCAAGACGUUUGGUAAG